GGAGGCGGGAGUGUGUGAGAGCCCACGGUCGCGGCGUUCUCCGGAUUGUGUUCUGCGUCUCCCGCGGGCAGCCCCGGGCUGGCCCCCACCCACACUCUCGCCUUCCAGCAGGGAACAAAGCCGGUGUGGGAGGAACAGUUCCAGCCCGAGCUUUCGCUCUCACCUGGAGCCCCGACCCUGGGACGCGCGAGUCCUUAAGACCCGCUCUUGCUCUGCUCGGGCCUCACUGCUAAACCUUGGUGAGCCCUGGGCUCUAGACCCCUGCUGUUGAGAAAAGAAACAUUUGCAAAUAUGUCCCGGAUCGAAAAGAUGAGCAUUCUGGGCGUGCGGAGUUUUGGAAUAGAGGAUAAAGAUAAACAAAUUAUCACAUUCUUCAGUCCCCUCACAAUUUUGGUUGGACCCAAUGGGGCGGGGAAAACGACCAUCAUUGAAUGUCUAAAAUAUAUUUGUACUGGAGAUUUUCCUCCUGGAACCAAAGGAAAUACAUUCGUUCAUGAUCCCAAGGUUGCUCAAGAAACAGAUGUUAGAGCACAGAUUCGUCUGCAGUUUCGUGAUGUCAAUGGAGAACUUGUAGCUGUGCAGAGAUCUAUGGUUUGUACUCAGAAAAGCAAAAAGACAGAAUUUAAAACCCUGGAAGGAGUCAUUACUAGAACAAAGCAUGGCGAAAAGGUCAGUCUCAGCUCCAAGUGUGCAGAAAUUGACCGAGAGAUGAUAAGUUCUCUUGGGGUUUCCAAAUCUGUGCUAAAUAAUGUCAUUUUCUGUCACCAAGAAGACUCUAAUUGGCCUUUAAGUGAAGGAAAGGCUUUGAAGCAAAAAUUUGAUGAGAUUUUUUCCGCAACAAGGUACAUUAAAGCCUUGGAAACACUUCGGCAGGUACGUCAGACUCAAGGUCAGAAAGUAAAAGAAUGUCAAACAGAACUAAAAUAUCUGAAGCAAAAUAAGGAAAAAGCUUGUGAGAUUCGCGAUCAGAUUACUAGUAAGGAAGCCCAGUUAACAUCGUCAAAGGAAAUUGUCAAAUCCUAUGAGAAUGAACUUGAUCCAUUGAAGAAUCGUCUAAAAGAAAUUGAACAAAAUCUCUCUAAAAUAAUGAGACUGGACAAUGAAAUUAAAGCUUUGGAUAGCCGAAAGAAGCAAAUGGAAAAAGAUAAUAGUGAACUGGAACAGAAAAUGGAAAAGGUUUUUCAAGGGUCUGAUGAGCAGCUAAAUGAUUUAUAUCACAAUCACCAGAGAACAGUUAGGGAGAAAGAAAGGAGACUGGUAGAAUGUCAGCGUGAACUGGAAAAAUUAAGUAAAGAAUCUAGGCUUCUCAAUCAAGAAAAAUCAGAAUUACUUGUUGAACAGGGUCGUCUACAGCUACAGGCAGAUCGUCAUCAAGAACAUAUGCGAGCUAGAGAUUCAUUAAUUCAGUCUUUGGCAACACAACUAGAAUUGGAUGGCUUUGAGCAUGGACCAUUCAGUGAGAGACAGAUAAAAAAUUUUCACAAACUUGUGAGUGAGAGGCAAGAAAAGGAAGCAGAAACUGCCAGGCAACUGAUGAAUGACUUUGCAGAAAAAGAGACUCUGAAACAAAAACAGAUAGAUGAGAUAAGGGAUAAGAAAACUGGACUGGGAAGAAUAAUUGAGCUAAAAUCAGAAAUCCUAACUAAGAAGCAGAAUGAGCUGAAAAAUGUGAAGUAUGAAUUACAGCAGUUGGAAGGAUCUUCAGACAGGAUUCUUGAACUGGACCAGGAGCUCACAAAAGCUGAACGUGAGCUAAGCAAAGCUGAGAAAAACAGCAAUGUAGAAACUCUAAAAACAGAAGUAAUAAGCCUUCAAAAUGAGAAAGCAGAUCUAGACAGGACCCUGCGUAAAUUGGACCAGGAGAUGGAGCAGUUAAAUCAUCAUACAGCAACACGUACCCAGAUGGAGAUGCUGACCAAAGACAAAGCUGACAAAGAUGAACAAAUCAGAAAAAUAAAAUCUAGGCACAGUGAUGAAUUAACUUCAUUGUUAGGAUAUUUUCCCAACAAAAAACAGCUUGAAGACUGGCUUCAUAGUAAAUCAAAAGAAAUUAAUCAGACCAGGGACAGACUUGCCAAAUUGAACAAGGAACUGGCUUCAGCUGAGCAAAAUAAAAAUCAUAUAAAUAAUGAGCUAAAAAAGAAGGAAGAGAAGUUGUCCAGCUAUGAAGACAAACUGUUUGAUGUUUGUGGUAGCCAGGAUUUUGAAAGUGACUUAGGCAGGCUUAAAGAAGAAAUUGAAAAAUCCUCAAAACAACGAGCCAUGCUGGCUGGAGCUACGGCAGUUUACUCCCAAUUCAUUACUCAGCUAACGGAUGAAGACCAGUCGUGUUGCCCUGUCUGUCAGAGAGUUUUUCAGACAGAAGCUGAAUUACAAGAAGUCAUCAGUGAUUUGCAGUCUAAGCUGAGGCUUGCUCCAGAUAAGCUCAAGACAACAGAAUCAGAGCUAAAGAAAAAAGAAAAGCGGCGUGAUGAAAUGCUGGGACUAGUGCCCAUGAGGCAAAGCAUAAUUGAUUUGAAGGAGAAGGAAAUACCAGAAUUAAGAAACAAACUGCAGAGUGUGAACAGAGACAUACAGCGGCUAAAGAAUGACAUAGAAGAACAGGAAACACUUUUGGGUACAAUUAUACCUGAGGAAGAAAGUGCUAAAGUGUGUCUGACAGAUGUUACAAUUAUGGAGAGGUUCCAGAUGGAACUUAAGGAUGUUGAAAGAAAAAUUGCACAACAAGCAGCUAAACUCCAAGGACUAGAUUUGGAUAGAACUGUUCAACAAGUAAACCAGGAAAAACAAGAAAAACAACACAAAUUAGAUACAGUUUCCAGUAAGAUUGAAUUGAAUCGUAAGCUUAUACAGGACCAGCAGGAACAAAUUCAGCACCUAAAAAGUACAACAAAUGAACUUAAAUCAGAGAAACUUCAGAUAUCCACUAAUUUACAACGUCGUCAGCAACUGGAGGAGCAGACUGUGGAAUUAUCCACUGAAGUUCAGUCCUUAUACAGAGAAAUAAAGGAUGCUAAAGAGCAGGUAAGCCCUUUGGAAACAACACUGGAAAAGUUCCAGCAGGAGAAAGAAGAAUUAAUCAACAAAAAAAAUACAAGCAACAAAAUAGCACAGGAUAAAAUAAAUGAUAUCAAAGAGAAGGUUAAAAAUAUUCAUGGUUAUGUGAAAGACAUUGAGAAUUAUAUUCAAGAUGGAAAAGAUGACUAUAAGAAGCAAAAAGAAACUGAACUUAAUAAAGUAAUAUCUCAACUAAGUGAAUGCGAGAAACACAAAGAAAAGAUUAAUAAGGAAAUGGGAAUCAUGAGACAAGAUAUUGAUACACAGAAGAUACAAGAAAGGUGGCUACAGGAUAACCUUACUUUAAGAAAAAGGAAUGAAGAACUAAAAGAAGUUGAAGAAGAAAGAAAACAACAUUUGAAGGAAAUGGGUCAAAUGCAGGUUUUACAAAUGAAAAAUGAACAUCAGAAGUUGGAAGAAAAAAUAGAUAAUAUAAAAAGAAAUCACAGUUUGGCAAUAGGGCGACAGAAAGGUUAUGAGGAAGAAAUUAUUCAUUUUAAGAAAGAACUUCGAGAACCUCAAUUUCGGGAUGCUGAGGAAAAGUAUAGGGAAAUGAUGAUUGUUAUGAGAACAACAGAGCUUGUGAACAAGGAUCUGGACAUUUAUUAUAAGACCCUUGACCAAGCAAUAAUGAAAUUUCACAGUAUGAAAAUGGAAGAAAUCAACAAAAUUAUUCGUGACCUUUGGCGAAGUACCUAUCGUGGACAAGAUAUUGAAUACAUAGAAAUUCGAUCUGAUGCCGAUGAAAAUGUAUCAGCUUCUGAUAAAAGGCGGAAUUACAACUACCGAGUGGUGAUGCUAAAGGGAGACACGCCCUUGGAUAUGCGAGGACGAUGCAGUGCCGGACAAAAGGUAUUAGCCUCACUCAUCAUUCGCCUAGCCCUGGCUGAAACAUUCUGCUUAAACUGUGGCAUCCUUGCUUUGGAUGAGCCAACGACAAAUCUUGACCGAGAAAACAUUGAAUCUCUUGCACAUGCUCUGGUUGAGAUAAUAAAAAGUCGCUCACAGCAGCGUAACUUCCAGCUUCUGGUGAUCACUCAUGAUGAAGAUUUUGUGGAGCUCUUAGGGCGUUCUGAAUAUGUGGAGAAAUUCUACAGGAUUAAGAAGAACAUUGAUCAGUGCUCAGAGAUUGUGAAAUGCAAUAUUAGUUCCCUAGGAUCUAAUGUUCAUUAAAAACAUUCAAGAUUUAUAUGCCUUAGAAACAUGGGUCCUCAGCCAACUGCUUAUUUCUGGUAUUGAGUCAAUAUGAAAAUAUGUUCUUUCAAAUGAGCCUUGUGUCUAGGGUUUUUAAUGUCUGAGAGGUUCGAAAAUCAUUAAAAUUGUUUCACAUGGAAUUUGGACUGAUUCCCUGAACUUCAUCCCCCUCCAGGCAGCCUCUGACAGGCCUGUGGGGCUCAACAGCAGCACAGUUGGACUCAGCUUCCCUGCUUCCCUUCCUAGCACUGAUGAAGGAGUCUAUGGGAUCUGAAGCUUCUUACUCACCUUUCACUUCUCAAAGCAUUAGUGAGAAGCAGUUCCCUGCCUGGAUACUUUAUGGCUUGGGCAUUUAAAAAGUCAGUGUUAAGUGUUACCUGUAAAUUUAUUUCUUUGGAUAUGGUUUAAAAAACUGCGUUAUCAGUAUUAAUAUCUGAAGAUGACAGAAAUGACUGAAUAUUAAUAUUUGGCUCUGCUCUUAACUUUAUAAAUCUGGGCAAGUGACCUCUCCCUCUCAGGGCCUCAGUUUCCCCAACUAAAAUUUGAAGUAGUCGAAUGGGGGCUUCAGGGUUUGAGAAGAACCUUAAUUAUCCAAUUCAAUACCCACUGUCUUCCCUCCCCACAUAUCCCUACUAGGUAGUCAUCCAAACCUGGGCUCUUUCUAGAGGGAGGAAGUUCCCCACUGUGCACAUCCACGUUUGGAAAGCUCUGCCCAAGAGCAAGGCCUCUCUUCACUUGGGGCCUGACCUGCAUUCAUGAAGGAGUCUGUAACUUUCCCAUGUGUCUGUGCUAUUUACCAGUUUGGCCUUACCAUGAAUCCCCAUUGCUCUCCAAGUAUGCAACUCCGGUGUGGAAGGGAAGCAGAGCUCGCUCAGUGUCAAGACUGGCUCCCCGCGGGAUCCAAGCAGACCUGGAAAAGCAGGCCUCAUUUUCAUUCCAGAUGUUGUUUCUAAUAAGAGCCUAAUCAUACCCUUUCCCUGGAAUUGCCAGCUGACAACUUGAAGCCUUUCACAAGCAUUCCACACAGAAUGCUACCAAGUGAUGCACUUUUGAAUUAGACUUUCAGAGUCAGUCUGUCAGUCAUGUGCCACGAUCACCAGGAGCCGAGAACCACUUGGCAACCACUAGAAGCUGAAAAAGGCAAAGAAACAGACUCGUCCCUCAGAGCCUCCAAAAGGAACCAGCCCUGCUGACACCUUGACUUUUAUACUGAUUUUCAGACUUUUAGCCUUCAGAAUUACAUGAGAAUAAUACUUGUUUUAAGCUGCUGAGUUUGUGCUUAUUUGUUACAGCAGCAAUAGAAAACUAAUACACUAUCCACUGUAUAUAUAAUCAAUUUCUGUAUAUCUAAUAUGAUACUAGUUACUACUAUCCUUGAGACAAUUGAAAAAAGGUUAUUUACCAUUUUUUUUAUGUUCUGUGGUUCACAGAAAGAAUGCUGGUUGAGAAAGUCUGGUCCAGACCCUCACCCAGUCCAUGGAUGAAACGGCCAAGCAGCAGAGCCACCACUCCAGCCACCUGCUUCUUGUCCACUGACUGACAAUAUUCAGUCAUCCUAAUUAGCUUUGAAAAACUAAAAUCACCAUUAUUAGCCAAACUAGCGUGAUAUCAACAAAGGUACCAUGAGAAAAAAACAGCAGACCAAUCUCAGAGGACACAUCCAGGAAUUCAUAAAUUAAGAACAAAUCAAAGCAGAAACUAAUAAAAAAAAAAAGAACAAAUCAAUUCCAGUCAUCUAUUAAAAUAAACAUACAUAAUAACCAAGGUGUCUUUAUCCCAAGAAUGCAAGAAUAUUUCAGAAGAUAACUGUUUACAAAUCACCAUAAUAAAGCCAAAGGGGAAAAAUUCUGAUAGACACCUAACACUGACCAUUAUUUGAUAAAAUUCAA